AUGCCACCAAUCGAUUCAAAGUUAAUCGCUAACUUAGAAAGGUUAUCGCUGGUUCGGUUUGAUUCUGAACAAGCUGUUGCAAAUUUGCGAAAUGCGAUUCGAGUGGCAAAACGACUAGAACUUGUUGACACAGAGGGACUUGAGCCGAUGUACACAGUUUGGGAAGAUCAAGAAUGUCCCACAUUUGAAGACAUCGAAGAAGAACCGCUUCCAAUCGAGGAAGUAUUCCGAAAUGCUCCUGUCCGAUUCGAUGAUUUUUUCGUUACGCCUCCUGGAAAUGUGCCUCUCGAAUCAAAUGAACGAUUCGAUCUGAAUGUAAUCAACGAGUGGGACACUAUCGGAAAGCCAGUAGCGCCCCAAGCUAAAAGUACAAGAUUGGUAGAGGGGAAAGAAAAAUAG